AGAAGGUCAUCAUGUCUCAGUAGAGAGUAACAGCAGCGAGCUGACACUGACAGCAACACUGCACCAACACAGCUAGCAGCUAGCUCCACUCUCAUUCAUCUAACUACUGCACAAACAUGCAGGAAUGGGCCAAUCAGUUAUGCGAGAAUCGACAAUUUGGAUCCAAGAUGACGGACUCCAAGUACUUCACUACUACCAAGAAAGGGGAGAUCUUUGAGCUCAAGGCAGAGCUAAACAGUGAUAAGAAAGAGAAGAAGAAGGAGGCUGUGAAGAAGGUUAUUGCAUCCAUGACAGUUGGCAAGGAUGUCAGCGCUCUGUUCCCAGAUGUUGUGAACUGCAUGCAGACGGACAACCUGGAACUGAAAAAGCUGGUCUACCUUUACCUGAUGAACUAUGCCAAGAGUCAGCCAGACAUGGCGAUCAUGGCUGUUAACACCUUUGUAAAGGACUGUGAAGACCCUAACCCUCUAAUCCGGGCCCUUGCUGUUCGUACAAUGGGUUGCAUCCGUGUGGACAAGAUCACUGAGUACCUCUGUGAGCCACUGAGGAAAUGUCUGAAGGACGAAGACCCGUAUGUGAGGAAGACGGCCGCUGUGUGUGUAGCCAAGCUCCAUGAUAUCAACGCCCAGUUGGUGGAGGACCAAGGCUUCCUGGACACCCUGAAAGAUCUCAUCUCCGACUCCAACCCCAUGGUUGUAGCAAACGCAGUGGCAGCGCUGUCUGAGAUAGCAGAGUCUCACCCCAACAGUAAUCUACUGGACCUGAACCCUCAGACCAUCAACAAGUUGUUGACUGCUUUAAAUGAGUGUACAGAGUGGGGACAGAUAUUCAUUCUUGACUGCCUGGCCAAUUACACACCUCGUGAUGACCGCGAGUCCCAAAGCAUCUGUGAGCGUGUGACCCCACGGCUCUCCCACGCCAACUCUGCAGUGGUGUUGUCAGCUGUUAAAGUUUUAAUGAAGUUCAUGGAGAUGCUGCCCAAAGACUUGGACUACUAUGGCACCCUGCUGAAGAAGCUCGCCCCUCCACUGGUCACUCUCCUCUCUGCUGAGCCAGAGUUGCAAUAUGUGGCUCUCAGAAACAUCAACCUCAUCGUACAGAGACGUCCGGAGAUCCUGAAACACGAGAUGAAGGUUUUCUUUGUAAAGUACAAUGACCCAAUCUAUGUCAAACUGGAGAAGCUGGACAUCAUGAUUCGCCUAGCAUCUCAAGCUAACAUCGCCCAGGUCCUGGCUGAGCUGAAGGAGUACGCCACUGAGGUGGAUGUGGACUUUGUCCGUAAAGCGGUCAGAGCCAUUGGCCGCUGUGCCAUCAAAGUAGAGCAAUCAGCGGAGCGCUGUGUCAGCACGCUGCUCGACCUCAUCCAAACCAAGGUCAACUAUGUGGUGCAAGAGGCCAUUGUGGUCAUCAAGGACAUCUUUCGCAAGUACCCCAACAAGUAUGAGAGCGUGAUCGCCACCCUGUGUGAAAACCUGGACUCCCUGGAUGAGCCGGAGGCACGUGCCGCCAUGAUCUGGAUUGUGGGAGAGUACGCUGAGCGCAUUGACAACGCUGAUGAGCUGCUGGAGAGCUUUUUGGAGGGUUUCCAUGAUGAAAGCACUCAGGUGCAGUUGCAGCUGCUGACGGCAAUCGUCAAGUUGUUCCUGAAAAAGCCCACCGAGACCCAGGAGCUGGUGCAGCAGGUGUUGAGCCUCGCCACACAGGACUCCGAUAACCCAGACCUCAGGGAUCGCGGCUACAUCUACUGGCGUCUGCUCUCGACUGACCCUGUGGCUGCCAAGGAGGUGGUUCUGGCUGAGAAGCCCCUGAUCUCUGAGGAGACGGACCUGAUUGAGCCCACACUGCUGGAGGAGCUCAUCUGCCACAUUGGUACUCUGGCCUCUGUCUACCACAAGCCUCCCAGUGCCUUUGUUGAGGGAAGCCGUGGCGUUCAGCACAAGAGACUCCCCGGCAGUGCUGGAUCUGGGGAGAGUGUUGAAAGCCCAGAUGCAGGUUCUGCUGCUGGAGUUUCUGAGGCGCCCCCUGCCGUUAUCCCGUCCCAGGGAGACCUCCUUGGAGAUCUGCUUAACCUGGACCUGACACCUCCUACCACCACCGGACCACCGCCACCCGCCAACUCCGGCUUGCAGAUGGGUGCUAUGGACCUUCUUGGCGGAGGACUGGACAGCCUGAUGGGGGAUGAAUCUGAGCCGAGUCCAUCUCUUUUCUUAUCUCUGGGCUCUGCGAUGUGUUUCAAUCAGCCGCCCAUUCCCCUGCGGACGGACACUCCUCAGUCACCUCAGCUCCCACAUCAGUCCCCAUCGCCCCCAGAUUACAGCCCCACUGAGCUUGGUGGAGACCUCGGAGGAAGUCCUGCUAUGGGGGCUGCUUUCGGUGCUCCUCCAGCUACGAUGCCCGCCUCUUUCAAUGCCCCCGUUAGCGGCGGUCUGGAUGACCUGUUUGAUCUGGGAGGAGGAGUUAGUAUGACUAUGGGAGCCUACAUCCCCCCUAAAACAAUUUGGCUUCCAGCCAUGAAGGCCAAGGGUCUGGAGAUAUCAGGCGCCUUCGUCCGCCGUGCUGGGGUCAUCCAAAUGGAGAUGACCCUCACUAAUAAAGCUAUGAGCGUCAUGAGUGACUUUGCCAUCCAGUUUAACAGAAACAGCUUUGGUCUCGCUCCGGCUGGUCCCCUCCAGAUUCUCACUCCUCUUAGCCCGAACCAGAGCAUUGAAGCGGCCCUUCCCCUCAGCACUGUGGGACCUGUCAUGAAGAUGGAGCCGCUCAACAACCUGCAGGUGGCUGUUAAGAACAACAUUGAUGUAUUCUACUUCAGCUGCCAGUACCCCAUCAGCAUGCUGUUUGUGGAGGACGGGAAGAUGGAGCGACAGGUGUUCCUCGCCACAUGGAAAGACAUUCCUAAUGACAACGAGUCCCAGUUUCAGAUCAAAGACUGCCAUCUCAACUCAGAUGCAGCCUCCAACAAACUGCAAGGUAGCAACAUCUUUACCAUAGCCAAGCGUACAGUGGAGGGUCAGGACAUGCUGUAUCAGUCCAUGAAACUCACCAACGGCAUCUGGGUGCUGGCUGAGCUGAGGGUGCAGGCAGGAAACCCAAACUACACGAUCUCUCUGAAGUGCAGAGCUCCAGAGGUUUCCCAGUGUGUUUUCCAGAACUACGAGACGGUGCUGAAGAACUGAAAACCCUCCCGACAUCGACCAGGCCGCUGCCCUCACAGACUCCUGCUCUCCCCUCACCUGACCCACGGACCAUAUUACAACCUCACGCCAUGCAGGAGCCACUUCCUGCUGCUGCGUUGGCACUCUGUAUGUCAAACCAGCUGUUAAAUUAGGACUGUUAAUGAUUUUCGUCCCAUCGCUGGUUGUUUUUCUUUUCUCAAGAAUGCAGAAAAUCCUGGUUCACUGUCUUGGCUUUCCAUAUCCUGUCCCCUCUUUGUAUGAUUCUUAUACAAAAGUUUCAGUUUCAAGAUCUCAUGAUACAUUUUCACAUUGUUGAUCCUCCACUGCGAUGACCUGUAUUCUUUCGGGGACAGACGGCUGUAUUCCCGUGACUGUUUUCUCUGCAUGAGGCUCUUAAAAUCAUUACCCAGCCCCACUUCUCUGCAAAUUGGAGUCUAUUUUUAGCGUCUGCAAUCAGCAGGUGAAUCAUCACUGUCUGCAUAUUUAUUUAGGGUACCGUCAAGAAAGAAAGGCUUUAGCUCUCCUUCCCCCUGCCCCUGUGUGAAGCGGCCGUAGAAGAGACACAUAGAUACUUACAAACUACACUAUUGUUGUCUUUGUCAUUUUGUUUAGUUUUCUUUUAGUGUCUGUGGUUAGCGGUGGGAUCGGAUCCUCUGCUGUCCCUGAAUGUGUGCUGUGUGCAUGGAAGCUGUUUUGUUGGUGUGCAUUUCUUUAAUUUUUCCAUCAAUAUCAGGACAUUUUAUGGACUAGCAGCAGUCGUCCUAGCAGCUGCCCGCUCUCUUACUUAGUCAUUCCAUGGUUUGAUUUGUGUUUGUAGUCUUGUUAGUGUUCAUGUGGCAGACUGGGAGAGAGCCUCAGGUGUUGGGGGUUUUGUAUUCACUGCUUCCCCCCUCUGUGUCUGUGACAGCCACUCGGGCUCUCUCUGCCUCCUCGCUCUCUCUGUAUCCUCAUCGCAGCCUCUCCACCGCCGUGGCCACCUGAGAUGAAGGCUCAGGUGAGAUAACUCUAAACCUAUGACGCCGUGGUUUGUAACACUUCUGAGCGUACAUGGAGGUAGCACACUGUCUACAUCUCAGUGUCCCCGUUCUACCCGCAGACAGGACCAGAUUAAUUGGAUUCCUUUUUCCGAGUCAUUACACUGAAGCCCCUUUUUAUCGGCUCUACAGGAUGUAUGCGCCCACGCUAACACCUUGUAGAGAUUACAACAGAGGUGGCUGUGUGUUCUGAGCGUGUCUUUGUGUGUGGUGACGGCUGAUUCAUAUGAAAUGCUGUUAAAAAAAAAAAUGUUUAAUCAUGUUUUUGAUUGACAUGAUUUUGUUCAUUGUGUGUACAUCAAAAAAGAACUAUUAAAAGUCUUGAUAAUUCACAUAA